GCAAUCUUCAGUUCGGUGUGAAUUCCCAAGCAGAUCGGAGCGGAGCAAUGCCGAACGUUGCAGUAAUCGGGGCCGGGGUGAACGGCGUGGCCAGCGCCAUUAAGAUACUGGAGCACUAUGUGAGCGAGGGAAAGACGCCGAUAAGAGUGACGAUUAUAUCGGAGGACUUCACGCCCAACACCACUGGAGAUGGGUCGGCGGGACUCUGGGGCCCCUAUCUGCUGGGCGGCACUUCGCAGUCGAAGGUCUACAAGUGGUCGAAGAGCAUGCACCAGUUUCUGGAGAAGAUCUGGCUGAGUGAGGACGCCGGAGAGGCGGGGGUCUGCCUGUUGCCCUGCAUUCGUCUGAGCACCUCCACGGUGGACAGCGUUGAAGACUUCUGGCGAGAUAUUGUGUAUGGAGCCGCAGAUCUGUCCCAGGAACAGCUGGCUGCCUACAAUCAGGGCCGCAGUGUAAAGUUCACGUCGGGCUUGUCCUUCGUUACCUACACUUCGGAGCCGGUGAAGCUACUUCCGUAUCUGAUGAAGCGAUUCCUCCGCAAUGGCGGUGUGGUUCUCCGGAGAAGGAUUACAGACCUGGAGGCAUUUAUCGCCGACUCCGAGUUCGAUGUGAUAGUCAACUGUUCCGGCUUGGGCUCCCGGACUCUAUUGAACGACGACCACAUGUACGCAGUGCGCGGACAGGUGUCCCGGGUGAAGGCGAACUGGAUUUUCUCGGCCGUCCUGGACGAGAGCGACGAUGGAAACUAUAUCAUACCGAACACCGAGAGCGUUGUCCUGGGCGGAACUCACCAGGAGCGGGACUACAACACUGAGGUCUGCCCGAGGGACAAGCAGCUGAUUGUCGGUGGCUGCCGGCGUUUCAUUCCUGGUCUGGAGCACACGGAGAGCCUCUUCGACUGGGUUGGUCUCCGGCCAGGUCGCACCCAGCUCCGGCUGGAAGCAGAGCGCCGUGGCCGAAAGCUCCUCAUCCACAACUAUGGACAUGGCGGCAGUGGGGUCACCUUGUGCUGGGGCUGUGCCGACGAUGUCCUCGAAAUCCUCAUGGCUGCCAGAAACGGCUCCAAGUUGUAAUGGCUGGCUGAACUUACUUAAAAAAUAGAGAUAAUGAUCAGAA